UUUCAAUCGGUCGUGACAUUCUCUCAUUUCCACUCGUCUCCCUUGCGACGACAGUACAUGACCUUGUAACACCUUCCCGCCAUUCACGACUUCAUUGAUUCGAAUCACCGUCAUAAUGAAGCUAUCACGAUUCCUCCAGUUACCAGUCCUCCUGGCUGCCUCGACCCUCGCCCCCGCGGUGCUCGCCGAGCACACCAGCAACUGGGCCGUCCUCGUCUGCACAUCGCGGUUCUGGUUCAACUACCGCCACCUCGCCAACGUGCUCUCCAUCUACCGCACCGUAAAGCGCCUUGGCAUCCCCGACUCCCAAAUCAUCCUCAUGCUCCCCGACGACAUGGCCUGCAACCCGCGCAAUGCCUUCCCCGGAACAGUCUACAGCAACUCGGACCGUGCUGUCGAUCUGUACGGCGACAACAUCGAGGUGGACUACCGCGGAUACGAGGUGACUGUUGAGAACUUUAUCCGCCUACUUACCGACCGCGUCGGCGACGAGAUGCCCCGCAGCAAGCGCCUUCUGACGGACGACCGAAGCAACAUUCUCGUAUACAUGACAGGCCACGGUGGAAACGAGUUCCUCAAGUUCCAGGAUGCUGAGGAAAUCGGUGCUUUCGAUCUGGCUGAUGCCUUUGAACAGAUGUGGGAGAAGAAGAGAUACCACGAGAUCCUCUUCAUGAUCGACACCUGCCAAGCAAACACAAUGUACAGCAAGCUCUACUCCCCCAACAUCAUCGCCACCGGCUCCUCAGAGCUCGACCAGUCCUCCUAUUCCCACCACGCUGACAACGACGUCGGCGUCGCUGUCAUCGACCGCUACACCUACUACAACCUCGAGUUCCUCGAAUCGCAAGUCCAAGACCUGAGUUCUAAGAAGACGGUCGGCGAGCUCUUCGACAGCUACACGUACGAAAAGAUCCACUCCCACGCCGGCGUGCGCUACGACCUCUUCCCCGGCGGCGCCGACGCUGCGCGUAGCCGUCGCAUCACCGACUUUUUCGGCAACGUGCAGAACGUCGAGGUCGACGGCGCCAAGAACAUGGUGCUCGACGAGGAGCUACUGGAGCUCAGCCAGAAGAUCGCCGCGCUCAAGCAGCGGGCCCAGGAGGCGGAUGCGGCGGCCAAGAAUGCGUCAUUGGCGGAGGGCGCAAAGGGCCAGACUCCGGAUGUGAAGACGAGGGCUAAGAGGGUGCAGAUGGCGAAGCCGCUCACGAAUGAGAAUUGGUGGGAGAAGAAGAUUAUCGGGGUCACGGCCUUGAUUGGAUGCGCGCUUCUCUGGGCUUUGGGGUCGUACUAUGAGGCGCCAAAGAAGAGAGCCGAUGAUGCUAAGACGGCCACGGGGCAGAAUGGCCAUGCCACCGUCAAAGCAUGAUCUUUUCUCUUUCCCACUUUCUUGUAUUUUAAUGUCUUUAGUUCACUUGCACGAUGUGCAUUAAGCAUGGCGUUUCAUGGGAUAUGGAAGGGAAUGAUUCAAUUAUAGCUUGAGGGCUGGUUUCAAGCUUUAUCAAUAAUCAGCAAGGAAAGCUCACGACUGCUCCAAAAACGAGGAGAAAAUUCAAUACAUUGCCUGAGUAUACCCAUACUUCACCUUCAUGUCA